CCUGCUUCCUGCCUUGCUGAGGAAGAGGACAGCGCUGACGGCUGGGAGGACGCGAGGAGCGACAAGAAAGCCCUUGGAAAGACGUAAGAAAGCGGGGAGCGGCCCUGGUUUGCACCGUCAGUCGGGAGAGAAGCACCCCGAGUUUCCAUAGCGGCCGAAUUUGUCACCGAAGCGGCGCCGAAAAAUGUCGAACAGUCGUCAGCUUAGCGAGAGCAGGGCCAUCCCGACCAGGACGGUGUUGAUCAACGAUACAACGCAGCUACCUCAUGACUAUUGUACCACCCCUGGAGGCACUUUAUUCUCUACCACUCCCGGAGGAACGCGAAUCAUCUACGACCGCAAGUUCUUGCUGGACAUGCGUAACUCGCCCAUCGCCCAGACACCACCCGCUCACCUGCCUGUCAUCCCCGGUGUGACCAGCCCAAACACGCUCCGUGAGAACCGGAAGAAUGAAGCCAACAACCAUGUCAACAACCACGCCGGAAAGCCUACGAAUGGUGACGACGCCCAGUUUGAAAUGGACAUCUGACAGACUGGCGCCAGCACACGCACAAAACAACCCAAACAAGUAAUUGACCUGGCAUGCUCUGUCAUGCUAGUGGCUUGGCUUAGAGAAACAAAUUUGAGCCCUCAUGGCAGCCAUUUUCUUUUGCUCUCCACCUCGCUGUUGCUGCUGCUGAUGUCGUGUGUGUGUAUGUGUAAAAAUCACCGGGAUACAGUCCAUAUUGUCUGGUACGGGGGUCUACAAACUGGGUUUAUUUGAAUAGAUUUCCAUAGCUGCUGUCAAAUUCCACCACACAACAAAGGGAGCUGGCAUGAUGAUUGUUCACACGCGCACACAUAAAUGGCAGUGAUCCCAUUAACGAAGCACAUCAGUUCUAACCAACAUUCUGAGAUGUCUCAUCUGUGUAGAUGAUCAUCGAAGUUUGGAAAUUGUAAUCAAUUGUACUCUCCAGCAAGUACAAAAGAAAAUACUCUAUUUUACCCCCCCAGGCUAAAUAGUACAGAACAGGCAUUUUUGGUUGACAAGAGCUUUAUUUUGAAGAAUACGCAAAAAGGAGUGGGAAAUUCUGAAAUGGGAGCUUCAGCUGUGAAAUUUUGGAAAUAUUCAAAGUGGGACACUUAAAAAAAAAAAAAAAUCUAAAGACAAUUAAUGGGAAUCAACAGGAAGUUGCGAUGAACA